UAUGACAAUAGAUUAUCUUGUCUCAAGAGAUCAGACCAAGAGGAACGGAAAAAAAAAAAGAAAAAGAGAGAGAGAUGGGAAGGGAUUCAUACGAAGCAGCCAUUGCAGGACUGAAGAAGCUCCUCAGCGAGGAGGAGGGGUUAGAGGAGGCUGCUGCGGCCAAAAUCAAGCAGAUAACGGCGGAGUUGGGAGGUGAGAAAGGGUGGUCAUCACCUUGUGACGCUAUCCAACAAAUCAAAAAAGGAUUCCAUUUCUUCAAGACUGAGAAGUUUGACAAAGAUCCAGAGUUGUACAAGGCACUAGCGGAAAGCCAGCACCCAAAGUUUAUGGUGUUUGCAUGCUCCGACUCUCGUGUGAGCCCCUCACAUGUCCUUGAUUUCCAGCCUGGAGAUGCUUUUAUGGUCCGAAACAUCGCUAACUUGGUUCCUCCUUAUGACAAGCUUCGAUACUCCGGAACUGGGGCAGCCAUCGAAUAUGCAGUUUUGAGUCUCAAUGUGAAGAAUAUCCUAGUCAUUGGGCAUAGCAGGUGUGGCGGAAUUAGGGGCCUCAUGGAACUUCCACCAGGACCCCCAAGUAACUUCGUUGAAGAAUGGGUGAGAAUUGGUAUACCUGCGAAGGAAAAAGUGAUAGCAGAGCACGGGCAUUUGGAUUUGGACACACAGUGUCGGUACUGUGAAAAGGAGGCAGUGAAUCUAUCACUGAGGAACCUACUGAGCUAUCCAUUCGUGGUAGAUGGGGUGAAGGACAAAACCCUAACGUUGAUGGGCGGUUAUUAUGAUUUUGUGCUAGGAAAGUUCGAUCUAUGGGGUCUGGAUCUCACCCUCAUCCCCCCCAUCUCCAUAUGACCACCACCACCUGGCCGACGACGACAGUGCCGGUC